GUUUUCUAUGCACUGACUAGGUGCUGCGGUAUUGCACUGCUAAUCACCGUUACUGCAGGUAAUAAACGGGUCCAGUCGUCAGAAGCGCUGGAAAAUGAGCUGGAAACAGGAUGAACCCAACGUAAUGGAUGAGGAGAUGCUACAACAAGCAAUUGUUGAACAGGGACCUCAAGGGCAAGCUGGAAAAAUAGCCAAGAAAGAGGGCAUCCAGUACGAGGAGGUGCUUCAGCUGCGGUUGGACUUCAGGAACAUCCUAAAGAUUUACCACCUGUGGCAUUUCACCUCUCUAACAAAACUUCAGCUGGAUAAUAAUGUUAUUGAGAGGAUUGAAGGGUUAGAAAACCUCACUAAUCUGAUCUGGCUGGAUCUGUCAUUCAAUAAUAUUGACGUGAUUGAAGGACUGGACUCUCUUGUGAAACUUCAGGACUUGAGUUUGUUCAACAACCGCAUUUCUGUCAUUGAAAAACUGGAUACGCUGCAGAACCUGCACAUCCUCUCUAUUGGAAACAAUGCCAUUGCUCUACUGGAUAAUGUGCUGUACCUCAGAAAGUUUAAGAAUUUACGCUCUCUCAACCUUGCGGGAAAUGCCAUCUGUGAUGAAGAGAACUUUAAGAUAUUUGUGACGGCAUAUCUUCCAGACUUGGUCUAUCUGGACUACAGACUGCUGGAUGAACAAACGCGUGAAACUGCCUUUGCGAAGUAUCAGUAUGCUGUAGAAGAAAUGCAACACAAUGAGCUCCAGGAGCAGGAGGCAAUUGAGGCUCAGAAGAUCAGCAACGAGGAGCUUCAACUACACAAGGACGCAUUCGUGGAGUUCUUAAAUGGAGCUCAACUUUUCGACAGCAUGUUUGCUGAGGAUCCGGAUGCAGAGAAACUGGCUCUCCUCCCCGGAAUGGAAGCAUUGCUGGAGACGUUUAAGAGCAAAAUGGAAGCUCUAUGUGUGCAGAUAUUUGAUGCGGGUUUGGCUCAGCUUGCUAGGAGAACGGCUGAGGUGGAAUCCUUUUUUACCUGUUCCCACGAGGCAGUGGCUGACAAUCAGCGCAGGGCCGCACAAACAGCAGCUGACUUUGAAAACUCCAGGAGGCAGAAGACUGUGGAAAUCAAACAGAUCGCAGACACCGAGCUUCUCAAAGCUCACAUCACUUCCUGCCACGAACAGGCUGACCAGUUCUCUGAAACCCUCAUGAGUCUUGAACUGCAGCUGGUGGACCAACUGGAGGACAUCUUCAAAGACUUUGAGAGGAACAUCUCAGACAUGGUUGGAGGGUUCAUUGAAUAUGUGCAAGGGAUAUUCGCACUGUGCCGAGACCUGGAGAACCAGCACCAUGAACAACAGCUUGAGAUCGCCUUGGCAACACUGGAGAAGGUGGUCAAAAGCGAGCUAGAGGAGGAAAUACCGGAUGAUGUGGCAAUGCUCUUGGUGGAUAAAGACACAGUGACCAAUGCAGUCAGUGCUUCUCAUGACACCCACCUGCAGAAGAUUGAUAACAGGGAGGAUGAGCUACUGACACGGAUCAACAGCUGGAUGAGCGGUCUGCUGAAAUCGAUACACAAUGAUGAGGUGAAGAGGAAUCGCAAGCGCAUCUCAGAGAUCCAAAACUACAUUAGUUUUGUAAAGGACGAGCUGGAGGACAUGGCAUCAUCUGAGGACAAUUAAAAUGUUUCUCUUGUCAG